CUUCAAUCUUCGCCGCUGUAUAGCAAAUCUAUAUAUGGAGUGGUAGGAGAAGUUAACAGCAGAGAUCGAAGGCUUUGAGAUUCCAUGGAGGGGAAGCAUAAGCUGAUGCGAUUCUCAAAUGACUUUUCAAGAAUCAAUUCUUUAGAUGACGAUUGUCUUAUGCACAUCUUCAGCUUCUUAUCGCCAAUUCCAGAUCGGUAUAACACCGCCCUUGUUUGCCACAAAUGGCUUUAUUUGGCAUGUCACCCUCGUCUAUGGCUGCGUGUGGAUCGGACUACUAAAGACUUAUCUCAGCGCGGAGUUUUCCCUGAUAUCAAAAUGGCUGUGUCUGCGGCCAGGCCUGGUGAUACUAUUCUGAUUGCCCCUGGAGGAACUCACCUUGCUUCUGAUAUCCAGAUUGACAAGCCGCUUUGCCUGAUUGGUGGAGGUGAUGUGGCAGAUGAUACAACACUUACAUGUUCACGUGGUGCUGACAGUGCACUGGAGUUCCUCACUACCUGCAAGCUUUCGAACUUGACAGUAAAAGUAGAACUCGGUUGCUGCUUGCUCCACCGAGGUGGUAGGCUGAUUGUUGACGGAUGCAUCCUUCAAUGUGAGUCCAACCCAUUGGACUACCUUUCAUGUGCAAUCAUCAGCACAGCAAAACAACAACCUCAGCCGACAAUCUCUUCUUCCUUAAUUAAGGCGGGACUUGGAGCUGGAGUGUCUGUUUCCAGAACUCGAAUUGAAGCUGGCACUAGCACUAAGGUGGUAUCCACCAAUGGAUCCUUGACUUUGCAGCAUGUUCGAGUUAUUUAUGCGAAAACCUCCGUUUUCUUCUGGUUUAAUGUUGAGCCGCCCCCACUUAUUACUGUAAGGUAGCUUCCAAACCUCAGAUUCUGACAACUUACUUAUCUAUAAUUUAUUGAAAACUGUCUGCGGUUUGUGGUACAAUUGCAGCAGAUUGUUGCGGUUGUUUUUAGUUUAGUCUGUACAAUUUUAUAUUUCUUUUUAGAAUGUUGAUGUUCAUUAUAAGUUAUAACAAUUUGUUGUGUAGUAUCCAACAAUUCCAAUAUGCAAGCAACAUAGACAAUGAAUAGUGUGUUCUAAAGUC